UUCUCUCACUUUCCCUCAUUUUCUCUCUGACGAUUCCCACUUCCCAAACAGAAAAAAAAGAGAGGGGAAAAAUCUCAUACAUAAUCAUAAUCUCAUCUAGCUCACACGCAAAACAGAACUGAACAGAAACCCGUUAAAUGACCAUUUUACCCCUCUCUUUCUCCUCCAACAAGCUCAACACGGGCAAGAUAUUUUUUCUUCUUUGACUCUCUCUCUCUCUCUCUCUCUCUAAAGGACUUGUUGGAAGAGCUUUGAUGGCCGACGAGAAGGUCCGUCGCCGGAGCUCUGAUGAGGUGGAUCCAAGGACGGCGGAGCUUCACGACCAGUUCGGCGGAGGCGGCGGUGGCGCGAAGUACAAGCUCUUGUCGCCGGCGAAGCUCCCGAUCUCAAGGUCUCCCUGCCUCACGAUUCCACCGGGGCUUAGUCCGUCGUCUUUCCUGGAAUCUCCGGUUCUGCUCUCCAACAUGAAGGCAGAGCCUUCCCCAACUACCGGUUCCUUCUUUAAGGCUCAAAUGGCACAGGGCUCGGCUACAUAUUCAGCAACUGCAGUUUGCUCAAAUAUUAGUACGUCUGACAUAAUGAACUCGAGCUCCUUCGAGUUUAAACCCCAUGCUACAUCAAAUAUGGUUACUACAGAUCCAAAUUACAAGAGAAGUGACCAGUCUAUGCAAGUCCAAGUUCAAUCUCGAUCGUUGGUGUCAGUACCUUCAGUUAAAAGUGAGAUGACAGCCACCUCGAAUGAGUUGAGUUUAUUGGCACCAGUUAGCAUUGCUACAUCAGGAGCUAGUGCACCUGCUGAUGGCGAUUCCGAUGAACUAAACCGCAGGGGUCAUCCUAAUUCUGGAGUCCAGACUGCACAAUUUGACAAUAAAGGAAGUGGACCUUCAGUUAUAUCUUCUGAUGAUGGGUAUAACUGGAGAAAGUAUGGACAAAAGCAUGUGAAAGGAAGCGAAUUUCCUCGUAGCUAUUACAAAUGUACCCAUCCUAACUGUGAAGUGAAAAAGCUGUUUGAGCGUUCUCACGAUGGACAGAUAACAGAGAUUAUCUACAAGGGCACACAUGACCAUCCUAAACCUCAACCUAGUCGGCGAUAUAACCCCGGUAGUAUUAUGUCCUCUCAGGAGGAAAGAUCUGACAAGUUUUUGGCUAUAACCGGACGUGAAGACAAGUCUCAGAACGUAUAUGGACAAACAUCUAAUACCAAUGACCCAAAUGGUACUCCAGACCAAUCUCCUAUAGCUACAAAUGAUGAUAGUGGAGAUGCUACAGGAAAUAGGAUUCAUGAUGACAUAGAUGAUGAUGAUCCAUUCUCAAAGCGGAGGAAAAUGGACAUUGGAAGCCUGGAUAUAACCCCAGUGGUUAAGCCUAUCAGGGAACCGCGUGUUGUUGUUCAAACUCUGAGUGAGGUCGAUAUAUUGGAUGAUGGGUACCGUUGGAGGAAAUAUGGCCAGAAAGUGGUGAGGGGAAAUCCUAAUCCAAGGAGUUAUUACAAAUGCACAAAUGCUGGAUGCCCUGUUAGAAAACAUGUCGAGAGAGCAUCCCAUGAUCCAAAAGCAGUUAUAACGACAUAUGAGGGAAAACAUAACCACGAUGUCCCAACUGCGAGGAAUAGUAGCCAUGACAUGGCAGGAUCAAUGGCUGCGAGUGUCCCAGCAAGAAUUAGACCAGAAGAAACCGACACCAUUAGCCUUGAUCUAGGGGUUGGAAUUAGUUCUGCUGCUGAGAAUAGAUCCAACGAGCACCUGCCAACCACACAUUCUGAACUUGUGCAAAGCCAGGCUCACAACUCCAGCUUAAAUGUAGUCCAAGCAGGUCAAGUUCCUGCAUUCUAUGGCAUCUUAAGUAAUAAUUUGAACCAAUUUGGAUCCAGAGAAAACCUAGGCGAGGGCAGGAGUAUCCAAAUUCCAUCUUUGAACCAUUCAUCGUAUCCAUAUCCUCAGAACAUGGGUAGAAUCCUAACGGGUCCGUAAAAUUGCCUAGAGAGAGAGCUGCAAAAAUAAAGAUUCUUUUUCCCUUUUCUUUCGCUUCCUAUUCCCCUUCUUUUCGGGCGGGGAAAUGUCGAAAAGGCAAGUUUCUUGAUCUCAAAUGUUGUAUUCAUGAAUUCUUAUGUACGAGGUGCCUUGUGGCCAUAAGCCAAUUGCCUUUGAGUUGGAACUACUUGUUGUGUAACAUUAGCUUCUUUGGGGAAUACGUUGUACAAAUAUGAAUUAGUACUGAUAUUUAUAUAUUCUGACAGGAAAUAUAUUGUAA